GCACCAGGUGUGAAAGAGUCCACGGCGCUGAGGACACGAGGGAACUUCAUUGGAGCUGCGGCGGUGGAGCCCAGCGGAGGGGCAGGAGCGUGGGGCAGAUUCCGGACCACAGCCGGGCUCCUGUUCGGAGCGAGCAGAAAUUCGGGGCAUAGUGGCCGUCAGCAGGCUCUGAGCAGGAGAGGGACAACGACCAGAGUAAAUGGCCUGUGUAUUGUUCUGCCGACACUCUGACUUACACUCUGUGCCAGACGCUGUUCUCCGUGCUUUGGGCCGUUAACGCAUUUUCUCAGAACAUCCCUGCGAGUAGGACUUGUAGUUCUCCUCCUACACACAGGGAAACGGGGACUCCAGAGACACCUUGUAACUUGCUUGAGGUCACAACCAGCAGUGUGGGGCUGGGAUUUAUGCUGAUGGGUGGUCUCGUGCUUCUGGUCACUGGACUACACUGUCUCUGUGGCCUUUCUGGGCUCUAGAACGGUUACCCGGAUGGGUCCUGGAGCGGGGGUGGCUGCAGGUGGGCAGGUCUCAGGACACUCAGUGGCCGGGCGAGGCAGAUGGAGAUGGAGCAGAGUGGACAGCAUGGGAGGCCAGGGUAGAGAGAAGAGGAGUCUCCGCCUCGUGCAGGGAUGUCUGGGCUGGGCCUUGGGAGCACGAGGGAGGGUCGUUCCUAAUUCUUACCACUGCACGAGCCUCACCCCCAGCCUGUCAGGAAUAAUGCUGUUUCUCUGCUCAGGUGCAAAGAAGUGGCUGGAGUGGAGGAAGGAGAUUGAGCUGCUGUCAGAUGUCGCCUACUUUGGUCUCACCACACUUGCAGGCUAUCAGACCCUCGGGGAGGAGUACGUGGGCAUCAUCCAGGUGGACCUGUCCCAGAGCCGGGUGCCCUCCAGGCUGCGCCGCGGGGUCCUGGUUGCGCUGCACACCGUCCUGCCGUACCUGCUGGACAAGGCCCUGCUCCACCUGGAGCAUGAGCUGCAGGCCGACAGUGAUGGCACGCGGCCCUUGCAGGGCAGCUUGGCACCCAGUGUGCGCAGCCCGUGGGGGGCACGGCGCUGGCUGCACCAGCACGUCACCACCCUGACGGAGCAGCAGCAGCGGGUGCUCCUGCGGGCUGUGUCCCUACUCAGGCAGGGCCUCGGGUGCCUCCAGCGGCUCCACGUCGCCUGGUUCUACAUCCAUGGUGCCUUCUACCACGUGGCCAAGAGAUUCACAGGCAUCACCUACCUCCGUGUCCGCCGCCUGCCUGCAGAGGACUCGAGGGCUCGCGCCAGCUACAGGCUGCUGGGGCUCGUAUCCCUGCUACACCUGGCGCUGUCCGUGGGCCUGCAGCUCUACGGCUUCCGGCAGAGGCAGCGCGCCCGGCGGGAGUGGAAGCCACACCGCAGCCUGUCUCAGCGCAGGAGCCACGUAGAAGAGAGAGUGGUUUCCAGAAACUCCCUGUGCACCCUGUGCUUGGAGGAGCGCAGGCACUCAACAGCCACCCCCUGUGGCCACCUGUUCUGCUGGGAAUGCAUCAUGCAGUGGUGCGACACCAAGACGGAGUGUCCCCUCUGCAGGGAGAGGUUCCUUCCGCAGAAGCUCGUCUACCUGCGGCACUACCGCUGACCCGACGGAGGCUGGAGGAGCCCAGGAGGCCUUCCAACAUCAGGGGAAGAACUUCCAGGUUAACUUUACUUGCACAGAAACCAUGAUAUCCCCGUUUGUUACUGUCACGAAAGACGCUGUAGCAGCAGCUCAGGAGAGCACUGGACCUGGCCGUGCAUGGUUGAGCCUUCAGCGCCGUCAGCCCUCCCUGCACCUCCCAGCACUCCUCCAGAACUUCCUCCCCCCGACCGCCCACUGACACGGGAAGGUCCAACACCAGCCACACGGUGAGACGUGGCCACGUGGCCAGCGCCGACCAGGAGCAGAGAACCAGUAGUCUGCUUGCCGGGCUGUGCUCAGGCCUGCAGCCCAGACGGCCCACAAGCCUCAUCCCUGUCAUGGAGCCAUGGGGCGGCCCAGACACGGCCGUUCUCGGGGCAGAAAGCAAGAAGCCGUCGCUGCCACCUGACAUGUCUGGCGCGCACCUUCUAGCGCGUCAAGUUGGCUUCACAUUUUAGAAGAUGGAAGCGUGCAUCCUGGCCUCCCAGCACGACCACCUCCUGCUUGGAGCACCUGGUGGGCCCAGCCAGCACGAGUGGAGGCUGCCCAUCGCAGCAGGGUGCAGGCCGGCUGCCUACACACAUCCCCACUGUGCCCAGCCCACUUUCUGCCACCGUUUUAUUUCCAGGUUUUAAAACCUACAUAACUCGUGCCCAAGGCUGGACUUUGCCAUAGGCAUCCUCAAAACACCGCUUCCAGUCGCGCUGGUGUGUUAGGAACGCCGUGAGGGCGAGCUGACUUGGUGGAGGCUGGCGGGGAGGCUCGCCAGGCCCGGGGGCGGGGCAGCACAGCUUCCAGCCUAGGACCCUGCGGCCGCUUCUCUCUGACUUCACGGACUCUGCGGCACAGGAACAUUGCGCGGCAGGCCUCAGCUAACAGAGGUCAGCGCCCAGAGGCUGGGCUGUGAACAGAGCAGCAGCCCUGCUCUGGCUCCAGUCGGGGAGCCUAGCCAGGGUUGGGGUCCACAGUUCCCGAAACCCCUUCCUUACACUCUCA